UGUGGAUUGUCAUGAUUUAGACUGAGGUUAGUUCAUCUCCAUUUGGACUUAUCAUACUUUAAAAACAUAGCAUUUUAGCGGAGGCACGUUCUAGAAGAAAUACUACCGAUUGAAUGAUAAGUUAACAGAUUUGUUUCGGUGAUUAAAAUAUUUUAAACCUGAAAUGAUUUACAGUCUAAACAUACAUACGCAGUAAUGCUUAAACUGGAAUAUUGAUAAACAGUGAAUAUUUUUAAGUGUCUGGAUGUCUUGAAUGUCUGAACGAGCGCAAACACGUCUCCUUUAUCUUCAUUUCAGCCAGACAAUCUAAAGGCAUCGAUGAUGAAAAUAAAGAAAUGCAGAUUCUGAAGACCAGCCAGAGAAUGAAAAGAAACAUUUUCUACUGGUUGUUCAUAUAUCUCCUUUGCAAAGGAGAAUCUGCCAUCGACUGCAGUGGACGCUGUGCCUGUUGCAUUGACGGAGAAUUAGGGUGUGGAACCAAGCCAGGACUAGGAGAAGAUACAAACUGUUUAAAAGGAUGCGUUGACACCAUUUAUGGUCAUCAAUGUAAAACUCCUUGUAAAGGCAAUAAGUGUUUAAAAUGCUCUCAGGACACAGGGGAACACUGUAAUACUUGCAAAAAGGGAUUUUAUGGCACACUUAACAACUGUGUUGAUUCUUGUCCAAUUCGAUGUAUUGAUAACACAUGUGAGAACGACGGUAGUUGUACAUGUAUACCAAAUUUUAAAGGUAACAAAUGUGACACAUGCGUUCAGGGGCGAUAUGGAGAUAACUGUGAAAACACUUGUUCUAUUGGCUGCAUUGGCGAAACCUGCAAUAGAAAUGGAAGCUGCAGCUGUAAGUACAAUUUCGCUGGAACAAAAUGUGACUUAUGUGCAGCUAAUUAUGAAGGAGAGAAAUGUAAUAAUUGCGUCCAAGGGAAAUAUGGCCUUCUUUGUCAAGAUACAUGUGCUUAUAUCAAUUGCCGUUGUCGUCAACAGUUAGGCUGUGAUUCGUGUAAAGCUGGGUUUUAUGAAAUAAGUGCCUUUUGUAAAACGGCAUGCGGUAAGGGUUGUGUUAAUGCGACAUGCAAAAAUGAUGGCAGUUGUUCCUGUUUACCGAAUUUCAUGGAACCGAAUUGUGAGAAAUGUCAAAGUGGAUUUUUUGGAAACACAUGCAAUAGAACAUGCUUUUAUCCUAACUGCAAAUGCACAGCCGAAUAUAAUUGCGAUGUAUGUAUGGAAGGUUAUUACAACGCUUCUUCAAACUGUAAUCAUUCCUGUUCUGAGGGCUGCAGAAAUGCUUGUCAAAAUGAUGGAUCUUGCAAUUGUAAACAAAACUUUAAUGGGACAAGAUGCGACUUUUGCGAUGAUGGUUUUUAUGGAAAUAACUGCUCAAUGUCGUGUAUUCAGGUAUACCCUAAUUGUCUUAAAUGCAAACGAAAUGACGGGUUUUGUAUGAAAUGCACAAAUGGAUUUUUCUCAAGUAAUGGAAAAUGUUUUGCAUGUGGAAUGAAUUGUUUACAAGGGAAAUGCGACCCUACCAAUGGUCGUUGUACAUCGGGAUGCAAGGCAGGAUUUUGGUCUGACAAAUGCAAUGCAAAAUGUAAGCUCAACUGUUCAUCGUGUGACCAGUUCUCGAGUGUAUGUUUGAACUGCACUACAGAUGUCGUUUUCGGACAUUUUUGCAAUAUGUCAUGUAACCCUUCCUGUGUCCAGUCGCAAUGCCAUCAUGAAACUGGAAAGUGCACACAUGGAUGCAUUUUUAAUCGGCAUGGCAUUUAUUGUGAAAAAGAAUGUCCCGACAAUUGUGAACAGAAUGACGGCGAAUCACCAUGCAAUGGCAGCGGUGUUUGCACUAAUGGGUGUGUCGUUGGAUAUACAGGGAGUUUCUGUAAAAUAGCCAAAAAGGAAGCGGUUUCAGCCGGGACACCAGGAGGAGUCAUUGCUCGAGGUGUCAGUGGUGGGGUGGUUGUUAUUAUUGGCGUCGUUGUUGCCAUACUCCUACUUCGUCGAAGAUCACUUCGUCUGCCUGCCUCCAACGAAAACAAGAGAAAGGAUAACAAACCGUUACAACCUAAUUUUUCCGAAAAAAUAAUAAAAGAGUCACCAGCGAACGAACGUACAUGCUACAACGAAGGACAGAUUAAAAAAGCUUCUACAAAAUAUAAUUCAAGUAGCAUUAAGCCGCCAACAAACAACCCUAUUCCCACCGAGCUUUACGCGAAUGCAAAUGUGUGAACUGCAUCUGAAAACGAUUUUGAUCUGGAUAUAGAACAAAUCUCGACGAUUGAGUUAGAUCAGCGAGAAAUCGAUAUAACAUAUGAACAGCUACAAGGACAGGCAAACGAACACACAUACAGAAAUGUUGACGACCAUUAUACUGUGCUAUCGAAUGUUCAUAAUACUUAGAUUGCUCAUUCUUAUGCUCAAACAAUGAAAUAGGCAGUUCAUUUGUACAUAUUUUUUCUCAGUGUUUUUUUUGAAAGUUUGUUAAACAGAAAUAAACAAGGAAUGUCUAGCGCUACAUGAAUGUAAAACACUUUAGAUAACAGUGGUAGUUUUAAAAAAAGUUUGUACACAAUUUGUUGUAAAGAAAGUUGGUAGGCAACCCAUUAUCAGAAACAGUUCAGAAAGUUUUGGGUUUUGGCAUACACCGAGCAUAUGAUUGUAAAAACCCGGAAAUCGGCAUUGUGUUUCAUCGUCUGAAGUUAAGCAGUAAAUAUUAUAUGUAUAUAUUAUAUUAUAUAUUAAAUUUUAUACCAG